AUGCUUGUCAAAUCUACUGCUGCCGCUCUGCUCAUUGCCGUGGGCUCGGUCUCGGCGGCUGCCGUGACUAACAUUGGAUACGGCACCGAGACCGUUGUCAUGGAGGACCCCGACUUCGGUCUCUGCAUUCCAACUAUGAAAUAUGAGGGUGGACUCGGUGGACGAGCAAAUAGCGAGUUCUCUUUCUUACCCACCGAUCCAUUGUGUGCUCGCGGUCAACCGGAGGCUUUGAACCCAAAUAUCAUCACCAACCGCAUUUGUGACCAACUCUCGACUGUCUGCAGUGCAAACGAGGCAGCUAAAACCUUGUGCCGAGAUGCACAGGCUAAGAUCCGUGCCUUGGGAACCCGUAACAAAUCCACUGCCGAUACCUGGAACACUCUACUCGGUUUUGGUGGUGCCUUGACUAACCCUGAUGGUGGAGCGACUGAGCCAGGCGCCGCAGUCACGGAUUUGAAGAAGAGAGGCUCGAAGAGGGCCAUCGCUCUCAUUCCAUGCUCCACCUCGGAGUGGAUCGAUACCUGCACGGGUUGGCCUGCUCCAGAACCAGUUGUGAAGAAGAGAUCUCUCGAAUCGGCUCCUGGAAAGCCCAAGAAGCGAACUGUCAGGCGUGCCGUUCAACCGCCCAUGAAGAGAUCUGAGAAAUCCAAGAGACAGAGGCAAUUCGUUCCUUGCUCCACACAGGAAUGGAUCGAUGAGUGCACCGGGUGGCCUUGA